AUGUUUGCAGAUACAAUAAUUAUAAAGUUGUUGCCAGCUAUUCCAAGAAUAUUUAGUGGUCUUUCUUUGGUUGGAAUAGUAUUUGGGUUAUAUCAUUACCUCUGUGGGACGCAUUCACCCUUUUUUGUACAGUAUAGUUUACUCUAUGGAAAGGUAAAACCUGCAUAUUGUGAAGCAUUCGAGUGUUUAAGAGUUCCUAAAAGGUGGUUUAAAUACUUUUACGUCACCGGUGUUUGUUUUACUUGUUGUGCCCUACUAAUUGAACUUUUUGUGAUAUCAUCUCAUAAAACUAUUGUCUGUGUGUUAACCCUAUACUUAAUACAUGUUUCACGUCGAUUGUAUGAAUGUACACAUGUUUCUAUAUUCAGUAAUUCUCUAAUGAGUUUUAUGCAAUUCUUGGUUGGAAUCGCCUUCUACAUCGCUGCUCCUAUAGGAAUUUCACUUUCACGAAGUCAUGCAGUUGAACGAUCAAAUUUAGUCAUUGUAUUAUUCAGUCUACACAUACUGAUACUUCAAUUUUUACAAGAUUUGGUCUUCCAGCAAUUGGCUGCUUUGCGUACAAAUAAAAAUGAAAACACAGAGAAGGUAAUUGAAAAAAAGUAUUAUCCACCCGAGGGGAGUAUGUUUCAUUGGGUAUCAUGUCCGCAUUAUAUAAUAGAAAUAUCUCUCUAUUUGUCAUGGCAAGUUUUUCUUACAUCAAAGUGGAUACCGUUUUCACAUAUUUUAUUUUUUACAACAUUCAGUCAAUUAUUUUCUAUUUGGGCUAAUCAUAACUGGUAUAAAAAGAAUUUUCCCGAAUGGGCAUCAAAACGCGCUAUGCUAAUCCCAUAUGUUUUGUGA